AUGUUGCAACCUUUUCUAUUUGAGGAAUAUAUACGUGAUUUAGAAAGCAAAGAGGAGGAGCAAAGGAAACUGCGGAUGGAAGAAUUGAGGAAAGCUGAACGUAAAAAUCGUGAUGAGUUCCGAAAACUGAUGGAAGAGCAAGUUGCUGCAGGAAUACUUAAUGCAAAAACUAACUGGCGUGAUUAUUACAUCAAAAUUAAAGAUUUUGCUGCAUAUCUGACUGUCUCAUCAAAUACUUCAGGAUCAACAGCAAAAGACUUAUUUACAGAUAUUAUGGAUGAGCUGGAGAAACAGGUGAAAUAGUUUGCUAAUAGGAGUAUUGAAUUGUGUCAACUACAUUUGUUACACUAAGCCAUAUUUAUAGACUUUACACUACAAUCCCUUUUCAUUUGCUUUCACUUAAUGAAGGUCUUAAGCUGAAUGGUUAAGAUAUCAACCCAUUAAGUACUUUUUUUUUUAAAAAAAAGAUUCAACCUGUUAAUACAUCUUAAUACAUCUUGAUGAAUCAGAUGUUAAACAAAGUCUGAAAAUCAUUCAGGUCCUCACUAAAAAGUUCAAUUCAUUAGGUAAAAAAGGAAGUUAGUGCAUUACUAUGUAGGAAUAUACUGGGUUUGUUGUUAUUGUUGUUGUAGUGCAUUAAAGAAUAGAACAUACUUUGUAGGAUAAAAGCAUGAGAUUGAGAUUUGAGAGUUACCCCUCUGCUUGCUUUUUUUUAAAAAAAAAAAUAA